UAGUUGUUUUUCAGUUCAUCCCUAGACAUCAUAUUUCACUUGAGCUUGUAAUUCUGAUAUAGUUCGUAAAAAAACAUCAAAAUAAGAGUUAACGUAAAACAAUAAAUAAGUACUAAAUGGCUUCAACAUCAAGACUUGAGAACAACAAGGUGUGCUGCUAUGCACAUCCCGAGUCUCCAUUAAUUGAAGAUUAUCGGGCUGGUGACAUGAUAUGCUCCGAGUGUGGCUUGGUUGUGGGAGAUCGCGUAAUUGACGUUGGGUCCGAGUGGCGUACGUUUAGCAACGAAAAGAGUGGCGUUGAUCCUAGUCGUGUUGGUGGACCAGAGAAUCCCCUGCUCAGUGGCGGUGACCUAUCGACAAUAAUUGGUCCUGGUACAGGCUCUGCAUCCUUUGAUUCAUUCGGCGCUCCAAAAUAUCAAAACAGACGCACUAUGAGCAGCUCUGAUAGAUCCUUAAUAUCCGCAUUCAAAGAAAUUUCAUCAAUGGCUGAUCGGAUUAAUUUGCCAAAAACUAUCGUUGAUCGUGCGAACAAUUUAUUCAAACAGGUACAUGAUGGAAAGAAUCUUAAAGGUCGUUCAAAUGAUGCCAAGGCAUCGGCUUGUCUAUAUAUUGCCUGUCGUCAGGAAGGCGUUCCACGCACAUUCAAGGAAAUCUGUGCCGUUAGUAAAAUUAGCAAGAAAGAGAUUGGCAGAUGCUUCAAACUUACACUUAAAGCGCUUGAGACAAGUGUGGAUUUGAUUACAACAGCUGACUUUAUGUGUCGCUUCUGUGCCAAUUUGGAUCUGCCAAACAUGGUGCAACGAGCUGCUACGCACAUUGCGAAAAAAGCAGUGGAAAUGGACAUUGUACCUGGUCGUUCGCCGAUUUCUGUAGCCGCAGCAGCAAUCUACAUGGCAUCUCAAGCGUCCGAACAUAAGCGCAGUCAAAAAGAAAUUGGUGAUAUUGCGGGAGUGGCCGAUGUAACAAUUCGGCAGUCUUACAAAUUAAUGUAUCCGCAUGCAGCGAAGCUCUUCCCGGAAGAUUUCAAGUUUACUACUCCUAUUGAUCAGCUACCACAAAUGUGAACAAUUCCACAACAAAAAUAUCGAUGCUCAAUUAUGAAAACAUAGAUUGCAGAAAAAAACAAUAAUGAAAAUAGGAAGAUUAUACCGUUGUAGGGCAAGUCUAGUUUACAACAUAAAUUACUAUACUUUAUUCACAAGAGAAAUACGAUUUUAUUCAUAUUAAAA